AUGGCCCCCGUCAGCCCUCAUCCGGGAUCCUCGCCCGAGGCGAUCGCCAACGAGCCAAAUUGGACCAGUCGGCACAACCACCGCAUUGGAUUUCGGAGCCGCGACGACCGGAUACCGGGGCUCAGCGACAGCUAUGGCGACUAUGUGCUGGAAAUCGAGAGGUCCAGGGAAGACCUGGCUGCCCUCGAGCGCGAGAAAAAGGAGGGCCAGCUGGUCGAUUUUCGAGAGGUCAUCCAGCGCCAGGAGGAUUUUCACCUACGCCACCCAGAGAAUCGCUCGCUCGGCUGGCGAUACGUGCUCAACACCACGGAGGACUGGAUGAAGCACCAGCAAAAGUGGCCGGCGAAUGCAAGCAAGCGACAGAAGGACGAGGGGACGCAAUCGCGAGGGACGAACGAAAGCGGCACAACGCAGACAGACGAGCAAACGACCAAGGACGACAGCCAAGACCAAGACAGCGACCAUGCAGACAAAGACACGUACAGCCCAAGAGAGCAAGCCUUCUUGGAAACCCUGCUGCGGGAGAAACAGUACAUGUCGACGCUGCCGGUCAACGACGGCCGUCGAGCGGCACCGCGCCUUGCCAAUCGGACAACAAUGUCCAUUGACGAGCAGGACCAGUUCACGCCCGACAACUGGCUGCCACGCUCGGCCGACCUCGUCCGCCUGACCGGCAAGCAUCCCCUGAACGCGGAGCCGCCUCUGUCGCACCUCUUCGACGCCGGGCUCAUCACGCCCAACGAGCUCCAUUAUGUGCGCAACCACGGCGCCAUGCCGAGGCUCCUGUGGGAGUUCCACCGGCUGGACAUUGCGUGCGGCGCGAAAGCCGUGUCGCUCUCCAUGGACGAACUCAAGGACAACUACGACACCAUCAACAUUCCUGUCCUCCUGGCGUGCGACGGCAACCGCCGCAAGGAGCUGAACCAGAUCCGCAAGAGCAGAGGCUUCAACUGGGGCGCGGGGGCCGCCAGCUGCGCGCACUGGAAGGGCCCGCUGCUGCGCGACACCCGGCACUGGGUGACCUUUGCCGGGGCGGACGCGCUCAGCGCGGGCCGCUACGAAACGUGCAUCCCGCUCGCAUACGCCAUGGACCCGGCAAACGACGUCCUGCUGGCCUACCAGAUGAAUGACCUCGUCCUGCCGCCGGACCACGGCUACCCCGUCCGCCUGAUCAUACCGGGCUACGUCGGCGGCCGCUGUGUGAAGUGGCUGUCCAAGGUGUGGAUCACGGCGACAGAGAACCGCUCGCACUACCACAUCUGGGGCAACCGUGUGCUCCCCGGCUUCGUCACGGACAUGGACGGCGCGUUCGCCAAGGCCAUGUUCCACCACCCCGACACGCUGUGCAACGAGCAGAGCCUCAACUCGGUGAUUGUCAAGCCCGCGCACGGGGAGACGGUGCCGCUGGCCGAGGCGCGCAGAGGCCAGACAUACCGCGUCGCAGGGUACGCGUACGGCGGCGGCGGACACGCGGUCCAGCGGGUGGACGUCUCCCUGGACGGCGGCGGCACGUGGCUGUAUUGCGUGCGCACGUUUCACGACCACCCGAUCCGGCACGGCAACAAGUUCUGGACGUGGCUGCACUGGCACGGCCAAGAGGACGACUGCUGGCUCGUCGUCCAUGGCCGGGUGUACGACGCGACGCGUGUGCUGCGCUGGCAUCCCGGCGGCAAAGCGGCCAUCCUGGCACAUGCCGGCAAGGUCCACCAGCAAACGACGGACGAGUUUGCGAGCAUCCACGACGACUACGCCUAUGCGAAGCUGAAUGGCGACGGCCGACGAGGGGAGGGCACACCCAGCGGGCUGGCCAUACAGAAACACCGAUGGGUGCCCGUCCGGCUGGUCGACCGCCGCGACAUCUCGCACGACACGCGCAAGUAUACGUUCCAGCUGCCCUAA